AUGUGCACGAAGGCGGUACGUCUGGAAGCUGUUUCGAGUCUCACAACGGAUGCUUUUUUUGCAUCACUGAAACGAUUGAUUGGACGCCGAGGCUUAAUACAGCAGCUGCAUUCCGACAACGCCACAAAUUUCAAAGGAGCACAGCACGAACUUCAUGAGAUCUUCCGUCAGUUUCAAGACCAACAGGCUUGUGGUCAAAUUCACCAGUUUUGUCAAGAGCGCGAAAUUGAGUGGCACUUCAUCCCUCCAUAUGCUCCAGAGUUCGGCGGGUUAUGGGAAGCUACAGUGAAAUCUGUAAAAACCCAUUUGAAGCGAGUAGUAGGAAACGCUAAACUGACUUUCGAAGAGUUGGCUACGGUUCUCGUUGAGAUCGAAGCUAUACUCAAUUCGCGACCUUUGUUCACAACUUCAAGAGAUCCUACUGAUCCACAGGUAAUUACUCCAGCACAUUAUUUAAUUGGUCGUCCUCUCAUUGCCUUAUCGGAGCACUCUCUGGAAGACAUAAAAGUGACCCGACUGGAUAGGUGGCAACAUUUACAACUGAUGCGCGAACACUUUUGGCGCUCAUGGAGCCGCGAUUAUCUCAGCACUCUUCAACCACGAAAAAAGAAUCAUCGAACCAUGCCAAAUCUUCGUCCUGGGAUGAUCGUCCUCAUGCAAGAGAAGAACCUCCCGCCGCUUUGUUGGAAGCUAGGUCGAAUCACAGCGGUCUUUCCUGGUGAAGAUGGAUUGGUACGCGCAGUGAAUGUGUUUGUUGAUGGUGCAACAUAUCGGCGACCAAUAACCAAGAUUUCCGUUUUACCGAUUGACGACAACAAGGCACACAAGGAAACCGAUAGUAGUUAA